AUGCAAUUUGAACCACUCUUCAAUCCAAAAUCUGUUGCCGUUAUUGGUGCAUCUGACAGAAAAGAAUCUGUUGGAUAUGCUGUUAUGAAUAAUAUGAUUAAAGGAGGAUAUAAAGGACAUUUAUAUCCAGUUGGAAGAAAACCAGAACUUUUUGGAAUGAAAUGUUAUGCUAAGAUUGGACAAAUUGAAGAGAAAGUAGAUCUUGCAGUUAUUGCUAUUCCAGCUAAAUUUGUACCAGGUGUAUGUAUUGAAUGUGGUGAAGCCGGAGUUAAAGGACUUAUUAUCAUUACUGCUGGUUUUGCUGAAGCUGGUGAAGAAGGAAAGAAAAUGUGUAUUGAAAUUCAAGCAACUUGCCAAAAAUACAAUAUGAGAAUGAUUGGUCCAAACUGUCUUGGAAUCAUCAAUCCAAGAGAUGGUGUUAAUGCAUCAUUUGCUUCAGUUAUGCCAGAAGCUGGAGGAGUUGCUUUCAUUUCACAAUCAGGAGCUCUUUGUACUGCUAUUCUUGAUUGGGCUGCUAACCAACAUGUUGGAUUCUCAUAUUUUGUUUCAAUUGGAUCAUCAAUUGAUACUGAUUAUGCUGAUCUCUUUGAAUUCUUUGCUAAAGAUCCAAAAGUCACUUCAAUUCUUAUGUACAUUGAAUCAAUUAAGGAUGCUAAAAAAUUCGUCUUAAGAGCUCGUGAAUUUGCUGCUGAUAAACCAAUCAUUUUACUUAAAGCUGGUAAAUCAUCUGAAGGAGCUGCUGCUGCUAUGUCACAUACAGGUUCACUUGCAGGAAAUGAUGCCGUUUAUGAUGCUGUCUUUGAUAGAUGUGGAUGUAUUCGUGUUGACUCAAUUUGUGAUCUUUGGGAUUGUGCUCAUGUCCUUGCUACUCAAAAUAUUCCACAAAAUAACAGACUUUGUAUUAUUACAAAUGCUGGAGGACCUGGUGUUAUUUCAACUGAUAGACUUGUUUCAGUUCACGGUCAUCUUGCUAAACUUUCUGAAUCCACUAUGACUGAACUUAAUGGAUUCCUUUCACCAUUCUGGUCACAUUCUAACCCAGUUGAUGUUCUUGGUGAUGCUACUGCUUCUACUUAUCAAAAGACUCUUGACGUUGUCAUUAAAGAUCCACAAAUUGACGGUGUCGUUGUUGUUUUAACUCCACAAGCUAUGACUGAUCCAGUUGCUGUUGCUAAAUCAUUAGUUGAACAUGGACCAUAUCAAAAACCAGUUCUUGCUUCAUGGAUGGGUCAAUCAGAAGUUGAAGCUGGUGUUAAGAUUCUUGAACAAGGAAAGAUUCCAAACUUUGAAACUCCAGAAAGAGCUGUUACUGCUUUUGGUUAUAUUAUGAGACACCCAGACAUUGCUGCUAAAUUAAAAGAAAUUCCAAAAUAUCUUGAUGUUCAAGUUGACUAUGAAGGAGCUAAGAAACUUAUUGCUGAUGUUGUUGCUGAUGGAAGAACAACAUUCACUGAAUAUGAAGGAAAGAUGAUGUUCUCAAAAUAUGGUAUUCCAAUUAAGGGUAUGGCUAAAGCAUCAACUGAAGAUGAAGCCGUUGCUGAAGCUAUGAAAAUUGGUACUCCAGUUGUUAUGAAAAUUCUUUCACCAGAUAUUAUGCACAAGACUGAUGUUGGAGGAGUUAAAGUUAAAUUAACAACUGAAGAAGAAAUUAGAAAGGCUUACAGAGAUAUUAUGACAUCUGUUAAAGAAAAGAAACCAGAAGCUAGAAUUCAUGGAGUUCUUCUUGAAAAGAUGGUUGGAUUUAAAUAUGAAUGUAUUAUUGGAUGCAAGAAGGAUCCAUUAUUUGGUCCAGUCAUUGUCUUUGGUAUGGGAGGUGUUACUGUUGAAUUAUACAAGGAUACUAAUAUUGCUCUUCCACCAAUUGGAUUACAAGAAGCUGAUAGACUUAUUGAUGGAACUAAGAUUUCUAAAUUAUUAAGAGGAUACAGAGGAAUGCCAGCUUGUGAUGUUGAAGGACUUAAGAAGAUUCUUGUCCAAUUCUCAAAGAUGAUUAUGGACUUCCCAGAAAUCUCAGAAGUUGAUAUUAACCCACUUGCUGUCUCUUAUGAAGAAUUCCUUGUUCUUGAUGCUAAGAUUGUCUUAGACAAGAAUAUGAUUGGUAAGGAAGUACCAAAGUACUCUCAUCUUGUCAUCCAACCAUAA